UUCGCUACGGAUCCAUGGCGGAGUUCGCAGUUCUGGAGACGGGAUCUUGAACAGUUUUAACUUUUAAGCAUGAGGGAAGAAAAACUUGGGAUUGGAAAACCUUAUUUUCUAAGGGAAUGCAGCGAGGAACGCUUUCGACAUAUGCCGAAACAUUUUCGAAAACGACGAAGUGCUGAACCUUGAGCGCUCUGGGAAAAUGCAUUGCUCUUUCUUAGUGCAGUCAACAGCCUUGGGCAACAAAUAUGGCUACUUGUGUCUCUUGCAAUUUGGGUUGAAAAGCGACUCAACUUGGCUAUGCACUACGUUUUCGGGGACACUGAACUCUUUAAAGUGACCAUCGAUUAGUAGUUGUAGUUUUGGGGUCUUGACGUGGUCAUACAACGGGUCUUGUGCGAACGAAUUGAGAUGGAGUCGAAGCACAAAGAGUUGUUAGAUAAAUGCUACCAGAACUUACUAGAGUCAAUAACAGAUGCAGACAGAGUUGUAGAUGUGUUGGCCAAAUCUGGCACCCUUAAUCAAUCGGAGCACUACGAACUGGGGCAUAACUGUACAUCCAACUCCGAAAAAGUGGACCGUCUUUUGAAGAUGCUGAUAAGUAAAGAGAGGGAUCAUUUCCAAGAUCUUUGUACGGCCCUGGAAAAGACUCACCCUCACCUGAAUUCUCCUCUACUAUUGAACAUUGUACCAGUGGACCCACUAUCUGGUUCCACUUACAGCGUCUUGUCCACAAUGCCGUCUGACUCUGAAAGUAGCAGCUCUCUCAGCAGUUUAGGUACCCCCGGCCAAGCCUCGUCCCCCCCGCCCGCCAGCACGGAGAACCGUCAGCUGAGCGAGAGGAUGGAGACGGUGUUGUUCCAGCUGAGGCAGGUGACCCGGGAGAGGGAUGAGCUGCGGAAGCGCCUGGCUCUCUCCUCUCCAGGAACCACGUUCGACGACUGCAGGCCCCACUCCAAAACGGGUCACGACUACGAGCGUCUGAAACUGCAGUGUAUGAAGGCCCUGGCAGACCUGCAGUCCCUGCAGAACCAGCACAGCAGCACGCUGAAGAGAUGCGAGGAGACCGUGAAGAAAGCCGACUUCUACCACACCCUCCACAGCCGCCUGGCGAGCGAGCAGGCCCAGGUGAAGGAGGAGCUGGAGGCGGCGCGACAGGACAACAGCCAGCUGGCGAGGGAACACAACCACCUGAAGCAGGGCUGUGAGGAGCUCCGCAGGCUGCACGACGAGGGCCAGAGGGAGGUGGCCGACAUGAGGCUGCUGCACCAGCAGGUGAUGAGGGAUGGGGCGUCGGAGAUCCUCAACAAGCUGUACGACACGGCCAUGGACCAGCUGGAGGGCCUGAAGAGGGACUACGAGGCGCUGAGGAAGAGGUACAACGAGAAGACGGCCCAGCACAACACGGACCUGAGCCGCCUGGAGCAGGCUUCUGAGGAGAAGCACCUGCUGCAGAAGCAGGCCGACUCCCUGCUGAAGCAGAGAGACGCCGCCGUGCACUACCAGCAGCAGUACUCGUCCUCCAUGAGGAGGUUCGACUCCGCCCAGCAGGAGCUGUCCAAGGCCUCGGCGCAGAACAAGGAGCUGCAGCGGGAGAUGGAGCGGCUGCAGGCGGACGCCACGCGCCUCAAGACCCAGCAGCUGAAGGCGACCAAGGACUGUGACAAGUACAAGGAGGAGAGGGACUCUGUGUUCAGCGAGUACCGCCUCAUCAUGAGCGAGAGGGACCAGGUGAUCAAGGAGGUGGACAAGCUGACCACGGGGCUGGAGGUGGCCGAGGCCAAGCUGAAGAACACGUCGUCGGAGAGGCGCGUGGCCGGCGAGGAGAUGGAGGCCUUGCGACAGGAGCUGGGAUCGGCGCUUGUGGACAGGGACCGGGCCAUCUGCGAGAAGAACGAGCUGCUAGACAAGUACUGCCACGAGGUGAAGGACAAGGCCGAGGCCCAGAAGGAGCUGAGCCAGGCCUGCAAGGACAUGGAGACGGUCCGCGAGGAGAGAGACGUCGCCCGCAAGGAGAGGACCGAGGCCAUCAUCCAGAGAGACCAGCUGCUCCGAGAAUACUACCAGGCCAGACAGAAACAGGACUCUGCCUCCGUGGACAUGGAGCGGGCCAGCAAGGAGAUCGACAUGCUGAGGAAGCAGUACGAGGCCAUCUCCCAGGAGCUGAAGGAGGCCUCACAGGAGGCCGAGGUGGCCAAGUGCAGACGGGACUGGGCCUUCCUGGAGAGGGACAAGAUCGUAGCUGAGAGGGAGAGCAUACGGACGCUGUGUGACAACCUGAGGCGGGAGAGGGACCGGGCUGUGAGUGAUCUGGCAGACGCUCUGAGAAACUUGGAUGAUAUGAGGAAACAGAAGAAUGAAUCCUUGCGGGAGCUCAAGGAGCUGAAAGAGAAGAUGGAGGACCAGUUGGAGAGGGAAGCUCGGUUUCGUCAGUUGAUGGCCCACAAUUCCCACGACUCGGCCAUCGACACAGACUCUCUGGAGUGGGAGACAGAAGUGGUUGAGUUUGAAAAGGACAGAGAGGACAUGGAUUUAAAGGCCUUGGGGUUCGACGUCGCGGAGGGCCUAAAUGACCCGUAUUUACCGGGAGACUGUGGGAUUUAUGUGAGCAAGGUGGACAAAGGCAGCAUCGCUGAAGGAAGAUUAAGAGUAAACGAUUGGCUGCUGAAGAUUAACGACGUGGACCUGACCAAUAAGGACAGGAGGCAGGUGAUCAGGGCUGUGCUGAUUGGAGAGGGGGUGAUCAAUAUGGUGGUCCGCAGGAGGAAGUCACUGGGCGGAAGAUUAAUCACCAACGUACAGCUGAAUCUCACGGGACACAAAGACAGUGGUAUUGGUCUGGAGAGUGGAGUGUUUGUGGCUGGAGUUGCCUCAGGCAGUCCGGCUGCCAAGGAUGGUUCCCUCACAGUUGGUGAUAGAGUAAUUGCUAUAAAUGGAAUUGCGCUCGAUAACAAGUCUCUGACAGACUCUGAAGCCUUGCUGAGGAGCUGCAGGGACUCUCUGAGCGUCUCUCUCCUGAAGAUUCUUCCACAGAGUUGCUCUGGCCAGAGUCUGUUUGAGAACCUGAGGGACACUGAGAGGAACUCCAACUGCCGGCUCCACGCCGGAGAGCUCCACCUCAGGAACUGCCGAAACUCCAAGCACAACAGCUCCACCCAGACGGACAUCUACAGUCCGGACGCAGGGGGGGAGGGCGUGGGGGCACACAAAGAGAGGGCCGACGUGCUAGACGGGGGCUCCCUCUGCCAGCACAAGCCCUUCUCCAGCAGCUCCCUCCACUCUCGCUCUCUGUCCCACCGCGGGGGCCCCCAGCUCAGCCCCAGGCUCAGCCCCAGGCCCCUCAGUCCCUCCAGCGCCCACCAGAGCUGCUACAGGAGACCCGAGCACCACAGACGGCCCCUCACCUUCAGCCCUGUCGCAUCCGACUGCCUCACCCUCCAGCCCCCCCAGGCCAGCGUGGCCCUCCCAGAGAAGCCCAGUGGUGGCACCUGGCCCAAAGUCAUGGAGGGCUCCUCCCUGCCCGAAUGCACCCAACUCUCCAUCUACAAGAAGCCUAAACAGAGGAAAUCCAUCUUUGACGCCGACACCUUCAAAAGGCCCGAGGCGCCCCCCAAGCUGGACUUCCUGUCACUGACCCAGCUGCCCAGACACUCCCCUCAGAGCCCCAGGUGUGACACGCUGCAGGCCCCGCCCACCCCACCUACCAGGAGCGACUCGUUCCGGUUCAAACACCGUCAGCAGAACAGCUCCGCCUCCGACUCCACUGUCACCACGGGCACCCCUCCGGCCACGCCCGGCCAGACCCCCGGACCCCUGCAGGAGGCCGCCCUGGAGGGGAGAGGAGACGCAGGGAAGCACCCCUACUACAUGGACACCCCUGGAGAGAGCAAGCCCAACUCCAAGAAGUCAUGUGACGAGGAAGUGAGCAAGCAGAGGUCGGAGGUGCACAGCAGGAAGAGGUACCGGCCAAAGUCGGCCCCCGCUCUGCGCCGAAACAUGACCCCCCUGCACCUCCCCAUCCCCAUCCAGCAGAUCCAGAACUUCUCCAACGACGAGCAGUCACCCGAGCCAGUGGACCUGGUCCGCUUCUCUCCGCUGCGCUCGCACCGUUACAGCAUGCCCUUCGUCCCUCCCAGCUACAGCAGCACUGUGGCCGCCCACCCCCCCCAACGAGGCCUGGCGCCCUGCCCCGCCGUGACGGCCGUGAUGAGGAACCCGGUGUACACCGCCUGGAGCCACGAGAUCAAUCCCAACACCUGCCCCCCCGCGCCCAGCCCCAGCUGCCUUCCUGGCCCCCUCCCCAGCCCCCAUCACCAGUGCCGUCUAAGUCUGGACCUCAGUCACAAGCGCUCGGGUGAUUUAAUCGAGUCGUCUCGGAUCCAGGCCCCACACAGCACCAACUCCCUGCCCUCCAGCGCCCGACUGGGUUCCUCAAGUCAUUUACAGUUACGGACAGAGCGCAUUAAAAUCCCCCCGACCAGAUACCCACGCUCCACAGCCAGCUCUGAUCGAGGCUCCCUGUCCCACUCAGAGUGCAGCAGCCCUACUCCCCCCACGUCCCCCGUCACCCUGGACGCAGCCUCCUUCGCCAGCAGCUCGUCGCAGGGCUCCGUGUCCACGCAGCCCAGGAUAUCAGUCAGCCCCGACCCCGGGGGGGACAGGAGGAAAGACAGGAAACUGUGUCUUAACAGGUCUUAUGUCAAACUCCCUCUGGCAGUUAAACCCUGGUUCUGCUCCUUAAGGAGCCUGAGGCCGUACCUGGAGGAGCCACGCAACGUGACGGUCCAGAAGGGGGCGGAGCCUCUGGGCAUCUCCAUCGUGAGCGGGGAGAACGGGGGUGUGUUCGUGUCCAAGGUGACGUCUGGCAGCAUCGCACAUCAGGCCAGGCUGGAGUACGGAGACCAGCUCCUGGAGUUUAACGGCAUCAACCUGCGGAACGCUAACGAGCAGCAGGCGCGCCUGGUCAUCGGGCAGCAGUGCGACACCAUCACCAUCCUGGCGCAGUACAACCCUCACAUGUUCCAGCUGGGCGUCCCCUCACGCUGCAGCUCUCGCAUGGAGUCCAUCAGCAGCCAGGUCACGCCGCAGGCCAGCGGCAACACCACCCCGGACAACCACUCCACCAUCGACACCCUGAGCGAGCAGGAUGAGGGCACCAUGACCCCGCCCUCCAGACAGACCACCCCCGCCACCAGCCCCCGUAGCUCCCUCAGGCUGUCUGCUGGUGCGCGGAGGGCCCAGGAGGUGCGGCUGGUGAGGCUGAAGAGGGCCGGGGCGGAUCUGGGGGUCCAGAUCUGCGGAGGGAACCUGUACGGGGUGUACGUGGAGAGCCUGGAUGACGACAGCCCCGCCAAGUGUCCCGACGGCCUGCUGCCCGGGGAUCUGAUCCUGGAGUACAACGGUGUCAACAUGAAGAACAAGACUGCUGAGGAAACCUAUCUGGAGAUGCUGAAACCAGCUGACACCAGCACGUUCAGAGUCCAGCACUGCCUGGACGAGCUCACCAUGCUGAAAGACUCACCUGGAGAUGGGUUCUUCAUGAGAGCUCUUUAUGAACGUGUGGCAGAGGGGGAGACAGAGCUGAGCUUCAAGAAGGAUGACAUCCUGUACAUCGAGGACACGUUACCCAGGGGGAACUUUGGCUACUGGAUGGCCUGGCAGCUAGACGAGAGCGCUCGCAAGCUGGAGCGAGGGCAGAUUCCCAGCAAAUACAUGAUUGACCAGGAGUUCUACCGGCGACACAGCAUGCCCGACAUGAAGGACGAGAACAACAGCAAGAGCAUGUCGGCCGCGGCACGGCGCUCCUUCUUCAGGAGGAAACAGAAACACAAACGCAGCAGCUCCAAAGAUGGGAAGGACCUCCUGACUCUGGACGCCAUCAGCACCGACUCCCUUCCCAUCAUGGACGACGGCGUGAGUCUGGCCUACCAGAGGGUGCAGAAGGUGGAGUGCUCCUCCCCCAGGCCUGUGCUGGUCCUGGGGCCGCUGGUGGAGGCCAGCAAGGACAUGCUUAUGAAGGAAGCCCCUGACAGGUUCUGCCGCUGCCUGCCUGAGGUGAUGAAGGCGUCUCAGCAGGCCAUCGAGCGGGGCGUGAACGACUGCGUUUUCAUCGACUAUAAACGAAGAAGCGGCCAUUUUGACGUGACAACCGUCGCGUCGAUUAAGGAGAUCACAGAGAGGGACUGUCACUGUUUACUUGACAUUGCUCCUCACGCCAUCGAACGGCUUCACAGCGUUCACAUCUAUCCAAUCGUCAUUUUCAUUCGCUACAAAAAUGCCAAGCAGAUAAAAGAGCAGAAGGAUCCGCAGUUCUUGCGGGAUAAAGUCACACAGAAACAUUCCAAAGAGCAGUUUGAGAUUGCUCAGAAGACGGAGCAGGAGUUCAGCAAGUUCUUCACAGGUAUCGUCCAAGGAGGGAGCUUGGGCUACGUUUGCACUCAGAUCAUGACCAUCGUCGAUCAAGAACAGAGUAAAGUCCUGUGGAUUCCAGAUGGAAGUUUGUAGAGACCCCCGCAGCUCUAUCACCAAUCACCCUUAGGAACGGUCUCAAUAUGUAAUAAUGUUCUCAUAUCGGUACGUGUUCAAGGUGGGCCAGAUGGUCGACACUUAACAGUUUCAACACUACACUUCUUGUACAAGGUCACGAUGGUAGCACUGAUGGUUUCCACACUGCAUCACGGAGGUCACCCGCUCCUCUCAACAAUGAUGCUGUACUUCAGAUCUUUUGUUUACACUAGUAUUUAAUGUAAUGCUUACUUGAAUGUGUUUGCACCAUUACUCACAGCACUCCUUUUGUUCCCUAUGACCCUGGAUGACCUGUGCUCUAAACUGUGUCGGAGCAGACGGUUGUUUAAGCUACAGUGUUGGUAUAGAGGACCAGGCUUAAUAGAAUGGACCACUGUUCGUCUCUCUAUGGUAUUUUUUUUUCCCUGUCGUUUUUAAUUUAUCUAACCAAAUCAAAGAUGUUGGUUAUGAACUUUUUUGGGGGUUAUAAUAAAUGUAGCAGUUUGGUUAAUAGAAUUAUUUGUUUUAUUUUCUUCUGUUUGUCAUAUGAUAAAUAAAUAUAUAUACCUAUUUAUAGAAAAAAUGUUGGGCAGAUUUGCAUGAUUCAUUUUUGUAAGUUGAUAAAACCUUUUACUUUUUUUGGGCAGUUUAUUAAUAAUGCGCAGAUAAUGUUAAGGAUGACACUAUCAGUCUUCAGUACAAUGUGUUUGUGUGCCAUGUCAGUCUGGAUGUUGUUGAUUAACACAAAGAAACUGUUUCAAAGUAUGCUAGUGAUAUUCCCAACAUUUCAUUUAUUUUGCCUUAUGGGCCGCCUCCCUUGAGAAGGAUUCUUGAAAGGGAUAUUUUGUUGUUUGUGUCUUUUAUUAUAGAAAAUGUACUGUCGAUAUGAGAUAAUUAUGAAGUACUUUUAAGUAUUUGAGCAUUAAUGUCUGCACAAAUAUUCGGGUUUAUUGAUAACGUUUCAUCUUCUAAUGCUGGUUAAAGGUGGGCUAGGAGUUUUUGCUUCCAACUAUUUGUAUCAAAGGAAAUUGAGAAAUAAAUACAGUGAAUCGUGAAAGGGA